CUAUAAUCCCCAAUGAAGAAGGAAACAAGCGGACCUGUUCUCCGGCCACUUCCCGCCGCCGGCCGAUUUCACUCUCCGAUCGCUUCUCCGUUCGCCGCGUCAACGAGCUUCGGAUUCUCUUCCACGUCCUCAUCCUUUUUCCACAACCACGAGCGAUCCGCUUCUCCUACUCGAGUCAACAUUUCUUCCGGUCCCCUGUCUCGCUCUGUUCGAUUUUCAAUCGAUCACCGGUCCGGUUCGCCGAGUCGGUCCAUCGCACUCUCCAACCGGAACUCGCCGGUUUCUCAACCGAAAAAGACGUGCACUUGUUCGCCCACGACUCACCCCGGUUCCUUCCGGUGCAGUCUGCAUAGAAAUUCAGGCAAUGGCGGACACCAUCAGACGUAUUCAUCGAGCGGGUUAAACAUGCGGAGGUCUGCGAUGACGAACUCGCUCGUGAGAAUCGGCGGCGUUGAGGGAGACUGGGUGAAGCGAGCGUUGACUGCUUUGAUACGGCCUUCUUCACACCAACUGAGACGGCGAGCCAAUUUCCGGCCACGCCCCAGCCGGCUUUCGGUCGUGUCCAGGGCCGAUGAUCUGUAUUACAUUUCUAAAAUCAAAAUGGAUUCGAAAUAGAUCAUUUUGUUA